CCCUCCUAUGCCCAUUUCCUGGAUGAGGAGACUGAGACUGCGGGGGGCGGGGGGCGGCAGAGAGAGGGAGGCGGAGAGCGGCAGAGCGCGCGCCCUCCGCGCGGCUCCAGCCUGUGGUCGUGCAGGGCUGGAAUGGGCGUGGAGAGAUCCGGCCGUGGGAUUGCACUCAGGGACGCGGAGCGCUCAGUGCAGAGCGUCCUCGGGGGCGGGAGCGAGCGCGGGCGGCUGCCCCGGCUCUGCUCCACCCGCAGACGGUGCCGCGGCCGCGGGAGCAGGUGUCCUCUCUGAGUGUGCCCCUUGUCACACCCGCCAUGAACGCCUCUCACUUCCUGGCCUCACUGCCCCCAGGGUCCACCCCCGGUGAGAACAGGAGCAGGCUCAGGGACAUCCUUUUCAACUUCACCAACCACUGCCAGGAUUCUGUGGACCCCACGGCCUUGCUCAUCACCUCCUACGGCCUCGAGACCGUCGUGGGGGUGCUGGGUAACCUCUGUCUGCUCUGGGUGACCCUGCGGCAGAAGGACAAGACCAAUGUGACCAACGUGCUCAUCGCCAACCUGGCCUUCUCCGACUUCCUCAUGUGCCUGCUCUGCCAGCCGCUCACCGUCGUCUACACCAUCAUGGACUACUGGAUCUUCGGCGAGGCCCUCUGCAAGAUGUCGGCUUUCACCCAGUGCACGUCGGUCACCGUCUCCAUCCUGUCGCUGGUGCUCGUCGCCCUGGAGCGGCAUCAGCUCAUCGUCAACCCGACGGGCUGGAGGCCCAGCAUCUCCCAGGCCUACCUGGGGAUUGUGGGCAUCUGGGUCAUCGCCACCUUCCUCUCCCUGCCCUUCCUGGCCCAUAGCAUCCUGGACAACGUGUUCCAGAGGAACCACUCCAAGGCGCUGGAGUUCCUGGCGGACAAGCUGGUGUGCACCGAGUCCUGGCCGCUGGACCACCACCGCAUGAUCUACACCACCUUCCUGCUGCUCUUCCAGUACUGCCUCCCGCUGGUCUUCAUCCUGGUCUGCUAUGUGCGUAUCUACCGGCGCCUGCGCAGGCAGGGGCGUGCGUUCCGCAAGGGCGCCCACAGCAUGCGAGGCGGGCGGGUGAAGCGGGUCAACGUGGUGCUGCUGGCCAUGGUGGUCGCCUUUGCUGUGCUCUGGCUGCCCUUGCACGUGUUCAACAGCCUGGAGGACUGGUACCACGAGGCCAUCCCCGUCUGCCAUGGCAACCUCAUCUUCCUGGUGUGCCACCUGCUGGCCAUGGCCUCCACCUGCGUCAACCCUUUUAUCUAUGGCUUCCUCAACACCAACUUCAAGAAGGAGGUCAAGGCGCUGGUGCUGAGCUGCCAGCAGAGAGCCCCCCGGGAGGAGUCUGAGCGCCUGCCGCUGUCCACAGUGCACACGGAAGUCUCCAAGGGCUCUCUGAGGCUCAGUGGCAGGGCCAACCCAAUUUAGCCAUGACCUUUGCCGGGCCCUUGUGCUUAAGCUGAGUGGGCUUGCUGCAAGCUGGAGGCGGUACCCCAAGAGUCUUGGCUUCCUGGGGGCGGGGCCCAGAGGGGCUGGCAAGGGCCUGUGUUUGCAUCCAGUUGCAUGGGGAGCCUGCCCUUUGGGUGGACCCGCCACUUGUUUCUGGACGGGUUCCAAGUCCAGAUGCUGUAGGUCACAGUGAGCCUUGCAGCUGGAGCUGUGCGGUGCCAGAGCCGGAGGUGUCUGCUUGUACCGGGCAGAGUUUGUCUUGGUAGCUCAGCAACAGAGGCCUGGCCUGGGAGCCCCCCUCCCCCGCCCCCAGGGAGUGCAAGCGGCCGCUACGGGGGUGCGGGAGGGAGCGCUCGGAGUCAGGGCUCUGGACCUUGGCCACCUCCUGACCUCUCUGGGACACGAUGUGGUCAUGCGGGCUUGGUAGGAGUGGCAGAGAGCUGCAGGGUGGUGGCACCUGCACUUCUGGCUGGCGAGCCCAGCUCCUGCUGAGCCCGGGGCCUCAUGCCGAUGCUGGAAUUCUCCUCCCGCUCCAUCCUCCUCCUUCUCUGUUGCCACCAGAAAUAAGUCUAUGCCUCCAGGAGACCGUGACACCUUGAGGGUGACAUCUGUCCUGUCUACAGCUUGUGGCCUCCAUGCCUAGGACAGGCCCCGCCCGGCACACACAGAGAGGGAUGAGCAAGGUUUCCUGAGGCGGUCGGGGGUAAAGGCGUCGGACACUCUACAGUGAGGACAAUCCCAGGCACGUGUAAGCUCUCACCUGCCCUACCUGAGACUCUGUGGCCCUCCCCAGUGUUGACCCCCUGUAGAAGCCUACAGGACGUGGGCAGGGACCAUAGCCUCCUUCAGCCGUGCUCUGACCGCUGAGCUGACUUGCCCCAGGGGACGUGCCAUGAUUGCCCCCAAGCUUCCCCAGGACACUGGGCAUCCCCGUGGCCUUUGAUGUGAGCAGGGGCAGGGAGGGCUGGGCCUCUGACUCCACAGGGCCCUGGCUGAAAGGAGCAGAGGACAUGCAGCGAGUGUGCCUGCCUCACCCAUGGGGGCCAUGGCCCAGGCCCCUCGAUGCUGAAACAGGUCCAGAGCUGCUUCUGGGCAGGGACCAGAAAGCUUGUCCUUGCAAGGAAGGAAAUGGCAGUAUGGCUCCCAGACCAUGUUGAGUGGGAAGACCCAUCCCCAGCAGAGUGGACAGUGGCAGGACCCACUGGGGUCUCCCAGCACAGGGUAUUUGGGUGCUAGAGACCUCACCAUGAGGUCCCCAGCACUGGCUCUCUGCACAGGACAUCUGGCCCAGGGGCCAGCAGCAGGGGAGUGCCUGGCCACAGGCCUGGCCUGUGACCAUGAACCUGCAUGAGUGGCAGCCGAGACAAGUGCACCUUGAGCCAUCAGCUCUCUUCCUGUCCUGUCUUUUCAUCACCUAUCCCGUUUGUUUUUGUUGCUUUCCUCACUCGUAUCCUGGAUUUCUUGAGCCACCCUCGUGGGCAUAGCUUGUGUUUGUCCUUUGGUGCUGUCUGCUGCCAGCUGCCAUCAAAGCUCAGACCCUGGGGGCCAUCCCAACUUCAUGUCACUGCCCAAGCUCCCCAAGCUCCCCACGAAAAGGAGGGCCCUCAGCACCUGGAGUGUGGUCAGUCUCAGCGGUGCCAAGGGGCCUGGGGACAAGGAUGCCUUGUGGUCCUGGCAGGCUCCGGGACAGGCUGGGCCUCUCUCUGGUGAAGGGGCGUGGUGUCAGGAAUUGGACUGGUGGGCAGGUGUCUUCUGCACACCUUUCUCAGGCUGACACCGCCCUCCUGCAUGGCUGGGCUGAGACCGUCUGGUUGCUUGGUGACCCAGCACCCUAAGAACUUGCCACCCAAAGUGUGGUCAGAAGACCAGCGGCCCCAGCACCGCCUGGAGCCUGUUUGAUAUGCAAAGCCACCCCAGAGCCACUGAAGAAAAACCUGCGUUUAUCAAGAUCCUGGGUUAACUGGACACAUGUUCACAAUCCCGGGAGACCGAAGCCUAGCGUCCCUGGGAGGCACCUGUAGACACCCAUCCUGAGAUGCAGAGUGGAGCUUUUGGAAAACUCAUUCCGGAGAUGUCUUUCAAGUUUGCUGUUGCUGGAAUGGGGCGCCCAGCUUUGGCGUCUGUCUCGUCUCUGAUCGUCCGUGGGUGUUUCUUUUGAAGCCUUUUCAUUCCUCCAACAAAUAUGUGCCAAGUGCCUUGUACGCAUGGUUGCUCGGCGUGAGCGUGCCCUUUUGUAUUCUGCUCUGUUUCAUGUAAAGUUGUUUUGUCAACAGUUUUCCAUCUUGCUGGAAA